AUGGCAGAAAACGGCUCGACCGUCCAAUCAUGGAACCACUACGAAACACAGAGCUGGAUCCCGCCGAUUUACGCCCGUGAGAAUGAAGCCCUAACCAAAGCCCUCCAGAUCUCGCUCUCCGAUGAUUCCUCCACCUCCGAAACCCUUUCGUACCUUCCUCCGUUCCCCCCCUCAUCCGCCAAGCAGGUAUCAACCAUCCAAAAUCGGAGCUCAAUUUAUAGGAAGAUCGCGAAGCGGAAAUCUAGGGUUUCGAAACGAACUCCGACGACGUACAUCAACGCCGAUCCGGCGAAUUUCCGGCGCAUGGUUCAGGAGGUUACGGGGAUUCGUAUCGGGGAGGUUGGGAGGCCGGUCGAGCCGGCGGUCUGGCGAGAGCCGGAGUGGUCCGGUCUUGAUUCAUUCCUGACAAGAUCUCGCACCUGCAUCACAGAGAUAAUCCGGAGCAGAUACGAUCAACCAGGUCCUUCACCUAGCUCCCAAAGCUCCACCACCAAAUCUGCCAAAUUUUCAAGAUUCAAGACAAGCAUCGGCUUGGGGACUUGUUCACCACUGUCUGCUGGAAGGGCAAGCAGCCUGCCUGGAUCAGUGAUGGGCUCUGGGGCUAAGGAGUUGAGCCAUGGGCCCUUCGUUCCUGAGUUGCAUGUCUGA